CAAUUUUUAUUUUUUCGUUUCAUCUAUAUGAAAUUUUUUAUUGAAUAAGGACGAUUUUUGUCUAAAUGCAUAUAUUCAAAAAUUGACAUUUUGGUAGUGAACUUUUUGCGCGCGCAUGCAAAUUUAGUGUCUCGAAUGUUAAAAUGUGAGGUUGUAGUAACAAAACAAUGAAAAACAAUAUUUAUAACGAUAAAAAUAAUAAGAGGGUGUCAAAGUGAUUAGUAAUAUUUUUCAUUAAAAAAAUAUACGGCAAUUAAAAACACAUACAAAGGAUAUAAUUUGAGAAAGAACAAUGUCCGUUAUAAAAUUUGGAAUACUCACAGUUAGCGACACGUGUUACAAAGAUCCUACUAAAGAUACUUCCGGUCAAAAUUUGAAAGAUAUUAUAUCAAAAUGGAGCCGAUCAAGCGAAGUAACGUCACGGAAAAUCGUCCCCGACGAAAUAGACGAAAUAAAAUCCGUUCUUAUAAAAUGGAGCGACGAAAAAAUUUGUGACGUCAUUUUGACAACCGGCGGUACCGGUUUCGCUAAAAGAGACGUAACACCCGAAGCAACGCGUACAGUUAUAGAAAAAGAAGCUCCUGGACUUAGUUACGCUAUGAUAUCGAAUAGUUUAGCGAUAACGCACACGGCGAUGCUUUCGAGGGCUGUAUGUGGAAUAAGAUCACAAACUUUAAUAAUUAAUUUACCGGGUAGUCGAAAAGGAGCAGCCGAAUGUUUCGAAUUCGUAAAAGACGCCAUACCGCACGCGGUAGCUUUAUUAAAAGACGAAAAAGUACUGGUAACGUUAUUACACAAAACAGUCCAACACAAAGGAGCCGGAGACGGAUCUGUACGUAGUAGAGUAAAAGUCAAUAACGUGGCGUCGAGAAUAAGACAAUCGCCUUAUCCUUUAAUAGAAGUUGCUAAAGCCACGCAGAUCGUUUUCGAGAAUUGUGUACCGAUUGAAGAAUCAGAAACUGUUUCAUUUGAUGAAUCAAUCAACAGGAUAUUAGCGGAAGACGUUUACGCUUUAGAACCGGUUCCGUUAUUUAGAGCUUCGAUUAAAGACGGAUACGCCGUUAUCGCAGAAGACGGCGCCGGGUUAAGAAACAUCAAAGAAGUAACGGCGGCCGGCGACGCUCCGCUCGAUCAAAAAUUAAAACCCGGCGAGGCUGUAAGAAUAUCUACGGGGGCUCCUCUACCACCAGGUGCGAACGCCGUUGUACAAGUAGAAGAUACCACAUUGGUAAAAGCCUCCCCCGAUGGUACCGUGGAAGUUACCAUUGAAAUAAAAGUACCGCCGAAAUUGAAUCAAGAUAUAAGAGAAAUAGGCAGCGAUGUACCUCAGAAUUCACUAGUUUUGAACAAAUACGAUCGGAUUAAACCAGCCGAUAUCGGGGUAAUGGCGAUGUUGGGUAAAACGAAAAUUAACGUUUUCAAACGAGCUUCCGUCGGGGUUAUAUCGACUGGAAACGAAUUAAUAGAUCCUAGAGGGGUAGCGGAAGUAUUACCCCCCGGAAAAAUACGAGACGCUAAUAAAUUUACUUUGACGCAAAUACUUGGAAAAUACAGUUACGAUCCGAUGGAUUGCGGUAUCGUUAGAGACGAUCCGGAUUCGGUGAAAUCGGCAUUAGAAAAAGCGUUUUCUAGUAACGACGUGGUGAUCAGUAGCGGGGGUUUAUCGAUGGGGGAAUUCGACGUUCUCAAACAAGUUCUCGUCGAAGAUUUCGGCGCUAAAAUACAUUUCGCUAGAGUUAAUAUGAAACCUGGUAAACCGACGACGUUCGCCACGUUGGUUUAUAAAGAAAAACGAAAAAUUUAUUUCGGUUUACCGGGUAAUCCGGUAUCGUGCGGAGUGACUUGUUUGUUGUACGUUGUACCGGCGUUGAAAUACAUGGAACGUUCUUCUAAUUACAAAUUUCCUAUAAUCCGAGUCGGCGGAUUAGAAUUGGUUAAUAACGAUCCGAGGCCCGAAUAUCACCGAGUACGGGUCAGCGUGGAUCCGAUUUCGGGCGAAUUUAAAAUGCGUUCGACCGGAAAUCAGAUAAGCAGUAGACUUAAUAGUCUCGUAGGCGCGAACGGUUUGGCCGUAGUUAAGAAGGGCGUCAAAACGAGUACUUAUAACGUUAUGUUGUUUGAUGAUCUGUUAUAACUUGUCUUUGUUUGAGGAAAUAAAGAUCUGUUUUGAA